AUGUACCCCACGCCAUGUCCGAGCCGAAAGGUGCAGAGGUGUUUCGUCCCAUCGAUUCUGGCGCCAGUCUGCACGUUCGGCAUAUGCGUCUCACACCAGCCGAGGUCACGCAAGAGAAAGGAAUAUCGGUACGACACCAUGCUCACAUCAGGCUCGGUGCUGGCAGAAAGUCAGGGCGCCCCAGAGAUCAGAGAGGCACUUGAGGAGGGGUUGAGGCUGCAGUGGUCUUUCGGCUUUCCCUACACGCCGAAGGAAUUACCUGUUCUUACUAAUGCAUUUUUCCCGUAUCCGGCGGGCAUGCAGCCUGCUACGGCGCAUCAUCUUCUAGAGACCGUAUUGACGGGAAGAUCUGUACUAGAUCCCUUCGUCGGCGGCGGUACGGUGAUUGUUGAAGCUCUGCGCGCUGGUCGCCUCGGGGUUGGGUCGGAUGUCUCACCCUUGAGUCUGCUCGUGUCAAGAGGGAGAACUUGGAUUGCGUCUGACAGUCAGUUGGAGGAGCUACGCGAGGCCGUGCGGUCUGUUUGCGAAGCUGCUGCGGCUAAGCUUGGAGAGACGCACACCCGCCAGGUAUCCGGCAAGGACUGGGAUUGUAUCGAGUCCGAGAUUGCCAACUACUUGGCCAGGUCCAAGGAUGGGGUGAAGGAUGAGCUAAGGGAUGCGCUGUGGUUCGUCUUGGCGGUGGCGCGGCCGAAAGCAGCAACGAAGCGGCGGCGUGGCGUUGAACAUGUCGUAGCUUGGGAAGUUUUUCACUCGGUAUGCAGGGAGUACACGAUUGCGGUCAAGAAUUUGGCUAGUGCCGCCACGGCAGGUGCCGCGCCUUGUCUGCCUCAGACGCCCGUCAUCCUUCGUAGGGAUGCUCGCCACCCUUUACCUCUGGUUGUUGACGUCGGAGUCGGAGGGAAGGAGAACGCCGGUGGUGGCGGUUUGGAAAACUUGGCGGCGUGCUUCAAGCCGAAGGCUCCCGUUGGCGGUGACGAGCACAAUUCCAACAGCUUGGUCGUCGAUGCCGUUCUCACUUCACCCCCUUACCCCGGCGUGUACGAUUAUCUCGCUCACGCUCGUCAAGUGAGAUCUGUGAUGGGCCGCCUCGGGAGUACAGAACAGAGCCGUUCUAUGCAUAGGACGUCCAUUUUUUCCAACAGUCGCGUACCCACAGGGCGGAAUUGGGCUGACGAGUGGGUCAUCGGAGAGAUCGGUUCGAAACGAAAGAUAAGAAGAGACAGAAAAAGGGAGGCUUAUUCCGGAGGCUCCGGAGACGUAAGCACCCGCAGGGAGGAUAACUGGGAAAAAGACCAAAAAGACUGGAUUCUUGCAACCACAAACGCUUUGAGAGUGGGGGGGCGCAUUGGCAUUAUGCUCGGUGACGGUGAUGAGGUUGACACAAGGUCGAGUUUGUUGCGCACAGUGGAGGUGUUGCGAACACAGGAGGGGGGUGCAGUUUUAGACGUUCUGGGUUGGGCGACUUUCAGGUCAGCAGCCGGUGCGAGAAGGCGCAUGCGGACCGAGCAUAUUAUUUUGUUGGAGAAACUAUGAGUGUUGUUAUGCCCCAUGUAUAUGGGGGGGCGAAAAAGAUCACCACAGUUCAUAUUGGGACGUCGAGACGUCUUGUCCUUUUGGUCCAUUUUGGCGAGAGCGUUGAUGAAAAUGUGCGCGACAAGUUAAUACACGCAGCGCCCAACGCCGUUGACGCCAAGCGUGCAAGCCUCUAGCAAGACUGUGGGCAAGGUUAUGAGUUUUCUGUCUAUAAACAAGACCGUAGUGACGUGGGGCGGUCGUUCAACUGCGUGCCGCGCCAAGGAGGAUGCGUCACGUGUUAUUUGCAGGAAACGAUUGAGCUGCUUGCUCAAAACGACAGCAGGAACAACAGGCCACGCAUUCGCUCGCCGCGGUUGACGCGGGGGCAGGGCGCAGUACUAAAACGGUAUCCCAUGAACGCAUCUCCCAAGAGAUCCAAUGCGCAAUGCCAACACCCAGUGCCAAAGCUUGUCCCAUUGACAAACAUCGUAAUUGCAUCCAGUACGCAACCACAAACAGGCAUCGGCCCCUUUCGUUUCGCAUCACAUGCGCGAGCUAGCAGAGCCUGUUCGAAGUCCUUGGGAUUUGACCGCUCCGUCCGAUCUCCCCGCCGAACGCCCCACUCGCCCCCGGAAGGGCGUCUCCUUUCUGAUUCUCGCCCUAGACUCGAUUGAUUCCACAGCAGCCUCCGAUGGUUAGAA